UAGCUUAUCAUGAUAUAUAUAUUUUGUCAUGUUAACUUAUGUGAUUAACUAUAACCAGCUUUAAUUAAUCAUAGAUAAUUAGAUUAAAUAAAUGAUUUAAUUUAAUUCAUAAGUUUACGAGUAACGACUAACAAGUCGCCGCUCAUGAAGUCAUAACUGAGUGACUAUGUCUGGCAAAAACGAUUAAAAUAUUUAUAAUAUAUACAUUCAACUUUGCAAAAAAUUAUUUUUUGACAUAUCAAGAAUUUUCUUGUUUACAAUGUACGACUACGAAUAUGGCGAUCUGUGUUUUGAUGAAGAUAAAAUGGGUAUGAAAGUGACUUCUGGUGUUGUAACAAUUAAUAAGGACCCAACAACCAACCUUAUAGGAAUAACAAUAGGUGGAGGACCACCUCACUGCCCUUGUAUAUAUGUUAUACAGGUAUCUGACAAUUCACCGGCUGCAUUAGAUGGUACACUUGAAAGCGGUGAUGAGCUUUUAGCUAUUAAUAAUGAAUGUGUACGUGGACAUACCAAGCUACAAGUAGCAAAAAUGAUACAAUCAAGUGUUGACCGAGUUAUUUUAAAAUACAACAAAUUACAUGCUGAUGCCCGUCAAGGUAAAACUUUGGAUAUUGUAUUAAAAAAAGUUAAACAUAGACUAGUUGAACGUAUGUCUGCUACUACUGCUGAUUCUUUGGGUAUGUCUCGUGCUAUACUGGUCAAUGAUAGUCUUGUUAAACGUUUGCAACAGCUGGAUGACAUGGAACAAUCAUAUCGUCACUUGGUUGAUCAUACAGAACGCGUGCUUCGUGCGUUUUAUGCUUUGACUCAAUGUUUUAAAGAGUUUGGGGACACAUUUGCAGAAAUAGGUGCUAGAGAACCACAGCCUAGAGCUAGUGAAGCUUUAGUGCGCUUUGCUGAAUAUCACAGACGAAUGGAGCGUCAAGGCCUUAUGUUAAUCAAAGCUCUAAAACCUAUAUCUAGGUCAUUUGGCACAUACCUGAAUAAAGCUAUUCCAGACACCAAGCAAACAAUACGCAAGUACGCUGAUGUGAAAUUUGAAUACUUAUCUUACUGCUUAAAAGUUAAAGAGUUAGAUGAUGAAGAGAUAACAUAUUGUUCAGCUGAUGAACCUUUAUAUCGCAUUGAAACAGGAAAUUAUGAAUACAGGCUUGUACUGAGAUGCCGACAGUUGGCAAGAAAACGAUUUGCUGCUCUUAGAGAAGAUGUUUUGGCCAAAAUUGAACUAUUAGAAAAUAAACAUGUGCAUGACGUUGUAGGUCAAUUGCAUGCAAUUGCUUCACAUAUGGCUAGUUACAAUCGUGAAAUAAGUUGGAUGAUGCUAGGAGGUAACAAUGUUAGUGAACCACCACUCUUUCCUAUUGAGAUGGAUUUGACAUGUACUGCAUUUCAAUAUAAAUCUGUCCAACCAGUUAGUGAACAUAACCAAGACGAUUUUAAUGAUGAAAGUAUACACAAUCAAGUUGACAAUCCAAGAGUGUACAGAGAUGAGCCACCACUACUUAAAAAUAAUGAUUCUGUUUCUGCUUUGACAGAAUUAUCUCAACUAUGUUUGGGUACAGAUGACACAGAUAUUGAAAAUCAUACAUCAUCUUCUCCGUUGCUUUUAGACUUAAAAUAAUUUUCUUUUAAUAUAUUAGAAGAAUAUUAUAUUUUUAUCUAUUAAUCAUUCCUACUCAUUUGUAUGCAUAAAAUACGCUUUGUACUAGUCACUUAUAAUAUAUACAAUUAUCACGCCUAUCUUAUUAAAUAAAAAAAAGAAAUACUAAA